UAUUGAAACAACAACUUAGUGACGUCAAAAUUUCUGAUAUCCAACUUGGACGAACAGGAAUUUUUACUUUAUAUGCAAUUGAUGUUCAAUCAUUCAAUCGCCUUUUGAACGACUUAACACCAAUAUUAUCAAGCAAUGGUCAUCCAUCAGCCAAGAUAUAUGUGCCUCGGUCCAUCCAACGGAUCAAGGACACAGAAAAGAUUGCUUUCGUGAAGAGAGUUGAUCUUGAAAUACCAGAAGAUCGUAUAACUGAUGCAUUAAAACAAGUUGGCUUUGAUGUUAUUAAUGUUAUACGUUUAAAAGGUAAAGAUAGCAACACUCCAACUAAAACAAUCAAAAUUACAUUUGCUGAUGGUCAAAAUCGCAACACUUUCGUGCAUACUGGCUUACAAGUGGAUUGCAUGCACUUCACAGCUGAACCAGCAUCACAAAAUACAAAGCCGGUGCAAUGUUACUUAUGUUUGAAGUACAACCACGUAGCAAAGUACUGCAAAACAAAACAACAAGUAUGUGCUCGAUGUGGUGAUAAUCAUCGCAUGGAUCAAUGUACAGUUGCUAGUGAUGCAGUCAAAUGUUACAAUUGCAAAGGUAAUCAUUUAGCCACUUCUAAUGAUUGUUCAUAUUAUAGAGAACAAGAAAAAAGAAUGUUAAAAUUGAUUAAUCAAUAUUCUACAUCAAGCAAUCAAGUAACAACAGCACCUGCAAUUUACAGCAUCGAAGAAUUUCCACCGUUGCCGAAUAUUAUUCAACAGCAGAAAGAAUUUCUACAAAAUGGAUUAUUUGAUGAUAUUCUUAAUGCUAUUACUAGCAAAAUGGAAACCAUUAUCAAAGAAACAACAAGUAGAUUAUUCAAAUCAUUACAACAAAAGAUAAAGAAAAUCGAAAAAUUCAUCGGCAACAACAAGAAUAAGGUCGAAGAAGAUGAUGCUUUAACUAUCUCCGAUUCAGAUUCAAAUGAAGAAGAAUCACAAGUAGUUAAUCACAUCAAGAACAAACAAAAACAACACACUGAAGCAGCCAAAACAAGCACUCCUGUGAUCAAUACUUCAACUAAACCAACAACCACAACAACGAUCCCAACUACAUCAAAACAACAACGUAAAGCAAAAGAAACAUCAAAGUCGACAAAAAGAGUUCGAUCACCCAACAGCUCUUUAGAUACAUCGACAAAUGAUAAUAAAGACCUUAAAACAAGCAGCAACAAGAAUGAUUAA